GCGAGCGGAACGGAGGCGCGCAGCUCGAGCGCCGCAGCUCAGUGUUCAGUCAUGGCGGCGGACCUAAACCCGGAGUGGCUGUCUCGCCUGCCUUCCUCCUGGAGUUACGGCGUGACCCGGGACGGACGCGUCUUCUUUAUCAAUGAAGAAGCGAAGAGUACGACCUGGUUGCAUCCAGUAACUGGAGAAGCCGUCAUUACGGGACACAUGAAAACGCCGGAUUUACCCACUGGAUGGGAGGAAGGAUAUACGUUUGAAGGCGCGCGGUGCUUUAUUAAUCACAAUGAGCGGAAGGUGACCUGCAAACAUCCAGUCACAGGCGUUCCGUCGCAAGACAACUGCAUCUUUGUCGUCAACGAACACCGGAAUUGUGGGAAACUUGUCCAUCCUGUUUUAAACAGACCAGAGACCAAAGCUCCAGCUCCAACUGAGAAGAAAGAACGUCCCACCAGCACCAUGAGCGAAGCCUCCAACUACACCGGCGGCUCGGACUACACAACACAUCCCAGUAGUCCAACCUUAAGACAGUCAAGACCUUCAAAGAAAGUGCACAACUUUGGGAAGAGGUCCAACUCUAUCAAGAGGAACCCAAAUGCGUCUGUGGUGAAGAACGGCUGGCUUUACAAACAGGACAGUACUGGGAUGAAGAUGUGGAAGAAGAGAUGGUUCACGCUGUCCGACAUGUGUCUCUUUUAUUAUAGAGAUGAGAAGGAAGAGGGAAUCCUGGGCAGUAUUCUCCUACCCAGUUUCCACAUCUCGAUGCUGUCUGUGGACGAUCAUAUAAGCAGAAAAUACGCCUUCAAGGCGACGCAUCCGAACAUGCGGACGUACUAUUUCAGCACUGACACAGCCAAAGACAUGGAGUCAUGGAUGAAGGUCAUGACAGACGCGGCGUUGGUCCACAUGGAGCCCAUCAGAAGCAGGCUUGAGAAGGUAAAGAUGGAGCCACGCAGCACUCAGGAGAUGAACAACAUGUUGAAUCACAGAGUCCUGACCCGACCCGAGAUCCAAAACAACGAGAGAAACCGCGAGACUCAUCGCCAUGAGGAGAAGAAGCAGAAAGCUUUAGAGAAGCAGGCCUGCAUCCAGAAAGAGAAAGAGAGCAGAGGUAUCGUACAGGCGGACGGCGACAACUACACUCUCCAGAUAGACGCUCAAAGACUGGCGCUGCAGAAGGACGGAGACCGGUACAUGCUUGAGAAGGACGGAGAGAAAUACGCCCUUCACAAAGAAGGAGACAAGUAUUUACUGCAGAAGGAUGGACAUAAGUACACGGUGCACAAGGACGGAGAGAAGUACACGCUUCAGAGGGACGACAAAGAGGGCGAGAAGAUGCUGCAGAAGGACGGAAGGUACCCGCUCCAACGGGAGGGAGAUAAACACGCCCAGCCGAAAGAGAUGGAAAAACCUGUUCCGCCUCCACGUGAGGGUGAGAAGUACGGAUUCCAGAAAGAAGGCACUUUGGAGCGGCCGCUCACUAAGAUCAACAGCAUCAAGCUUCAGCCCGCACAAGCGGCGGCCAUCGCUGCGGCCGUGUCCUCGUCCAGACAACUCCAGAACGCUCAGUACAGGCCGCCGCAGGUCAACGGCUCCGGGGAACGAGGAGGAGAUCGAAGCCCCGCGGAUGUAAGCAGCACGCUACCCCAAAGGACCGCCGUACCGCCCCAACCCGUAGAACCGGAGAGAACCCUGAGCAGAACAAACUCAAUGCAGCAGCUGGAGCACUGGGUCCGGACGCAACGUACACGAACACCAGACGAUGACACCAGGAGCAUCACCUCCUACCAGACGCUGCCCAGGAACAUGCCCAGCCACCGGCCGCAGGUGGUUCCGCGGUAUCCCGAGGGUUACCGCACGCUCCCGCGCAACAUGCUGCGACCAGACAGUAUCUGUAGCGUGACGGGGUCAGUUUACGACCGCGCCCUGUUGCCCUCCACAACGGAGAAGCGCCGCUCCAUCCGGGACGACACCAUGUGGCAGCUGUAUGAGUGGCAGCAGAGGCAGGCACACAGUCGAAUCGGGUACGGGACGCUGCCCUGCCCCAAAGCACUGGGACAGAUUGCAGAGUCUAUCCCCACUUCCCCUUCACACGGAUCCCUGGCUGGCUAUCACACCUUCUCCCCGAAUCGACCUCUUAACCCGGACACCCGCUCUGAAGUGUCCUCGCCGGUGUUUCGUGGGGACGUGACUCUAGAACGACGGCAACGACAGCACCUGUCCAAGUAUUCAUAUGCUCCUGAACGCAGAGCUCCGCCUCCAGCGCAGAGCAUCACUGCGCAGUCACUGCAGGGCAAAACGCCGGAAGAACUCACCCUUCUGCUCAUCAAACUGCGCCGGCAGCAGGCGGAGCUUAACAGCCUCCGCGAGCACACGCUCGCCCAACUCAUGCAGCUAAACCUCGACGCCGCCAACCCAAAGAGUGACAUUCUUUCCCAUCACCUACAGAGGAACCUCAUGUACCUGGACAGUCAGAUGAAAGAAAGUGAGCCUGUAAUCUUCAUGAUUCACACUAUGAUUGAGAACUCGGCGCCGAGGCCGCAGCUCUACCAGCAACAGAUGAGUCCCGAAGAGUUCAGAGAAACCUCCUACUCAUACAGACCAGAGGAACUUGAUAUUGAUGCGAAGUUAAGUCGACUUUGUGAGCAGGACAAAGUCGUGAGAACUCAAGAAGAAAAAUUACAGCAGCUCCAUCGAGAAAAGCACACACUGGAGACUGCUCUGCUGUCAGCCAGUCAGGAGAUCGAGAUGAGCGCUGAGAAUCCAUCGGCCGUCCAGAGCGUCAUUCAGCAGAGAGAUGUACUGCAGAGCGGCUUGCUGAGCACGUGCAGAGAGGUGUCACGCGUCACCGCUGAAGUGGAGCGCAGCUGCAGAGAGUUUGAUCGACUGGAGGCUGACGUCGCUCUGGCUAAGAGUAACCUGCUGGAGCAACUAGAGGCUCUCGGGAGUCCACAGACGGAGCCUCCCAGCCAAAAACACGUUCAGAUCCAGAAGGAGCUGUGGAGGAUCCAGGAUGUGAUCGAGGCGCUGAGCAAAAACAAACCCAAGAAAACAACUGAACCCAGUUUUCCUGGAGCAAAUCCUCUAUCAAACCUGCAUAAAAGUGAAGAGCCAGACCUCGUGCCCCCCCGGCCUCCUCUCCCGUACUCUUAUGAGGGGGGAGAGCGCCCGCCUCAGCCUCACACGCCCCGUACCACCCCUCACAGGCCGGAAGACCGCAAGGCCGCCCAGCGAAACUGUGCCCAAAGCGGUCCAGAUUACCGGCUGUAUAAAAGUGAGCCCGAGCUGACCACGGUGGCAGAGGUGGACGAGAGUAACGGAGAAGACAAAUCAGAACAGACUGUAGAGAAAGAGCCGGCCAGCUUUACCAAAGGUAUAGUUUAUCCUGUCGGUGUUGUGAGCCCAAGAACCAAAUCACCCAUGCCUGAAUCCUCCACUAUUGCCUCUUACGUAACCUUGAGGAAGAGCAAGAAACCUGAUCCCAGAACAUCUCACCAGCAGCAGGACCGUCCCCGCAGCGCAGUCGACAACAUGACCGGUGCGCUAGAGGUGGGUCGCACUCGCAUGAGCGUCGAGGAACAAAUGGAACGAAUCAGACGACACCAGCAGGGGGCGCUGCGGGAGAGAAGACGGGAGGACGGCUCGCUGUCUCGUAGCCUCUCCUUCACUAGAGAUAACCCUUACUAUACACUACAGAUGCGUAAGAAGAGCCCGUCGCUCUCGCCGGACGAACCGGACGACCGCAGAGACGUGUCGCUAACAGAACACGAGCCGCUGACAAAACAGGCCGACCCCGAGGAAAACUGCGCGACUGCUAAAGACAUACAACCGAAGAAGGUCAAACCAGAGAUUAAGAAGAAACCAGACAUCUUCCGGACAAACUCGAUCAAAGAGUCGUUACUCAAGAGCCCAAGUCCUAAACCCAUGCUGAACGAGGAGGAAACAGGACCUAAACGCCCAUCACCGGUGGAGAACCAAAGGACUCUGGCCACUCAGAACAGUUUACAGAAGGCCAUCAUGGUACGUGUGGGCACAGAGGAAGAUGAAGAGGAGGAGGAUGAGAAACCUGCCAGUCCGGAGCAGGACGUCUUUAAUGAGAUGACCAAUAGCAAACACAGCACGCUGAUGUCAGUGAACAGUCUGUCAACUCCGCCCCAGUCUCCAAGCUCCUCCUCCUCUCCCCCGCCCCCACCCUCUCCCCCUCAGCUGACGGACGGAUCUCACUUCAUGUGCGUGUGAGAGGAGACGCGGAAGACCCUUCACUGUCAUCAGUAAACCCCAGUAUGUGACAGGACGUCAUGGCAGACAGGAAGUACUGCCCACUCCUGCAUCAGCUGACCAAUACAGAUCAUCCAGGCCUUAGUUCACCACAAUCCAGUUUGCAACCACAAUCCAAGGAAAAGCGCUACAGUUAUACUGACGAUUAUUUAUAUUCCCAUUACGGCUUUGUUUUUAUGAUGCAUAUUUUAGAUCACAGAGUUUUAUUCUGUUCUGUGUGAAUGCGGGAGUUUAAGGUGCUGAACCCUCGUAAAUGUACAUUACGGCACCCAGAUGCUUCAACAGAUAAACAUUUUAUUCAAGCAGUGUAAGGGUUGUGUUCAUUGUUUGCUUGUUUUAUAUCAAUUUUAAUCGAUGGCUCCCAGUUGUACCCAGUGUUGGUCGAUGCGAUUAUAAGUACUCAUAUCUUUUGCACUGUAACUCCCAUUGAUUCUUUUUUACUCGGUUGAUAUCAAACGAUCCGUGUAUAAACGAUGUACAAGAGAAAAUUUCACUAAGGUGCCACGGUACUGCUGCCGACGGACGGGAUUUGUAAAUGAUUUGUAUGGAUAUAUAGUCUGCAAUAGCCUCCACACUGUUUUCCGACACACUCAUGAAUGUUCCAGCUUACGUUUUAUUUUUCUAUGGCUGAGAUAUAUUUAAAUAGAGAGAUGAGUAAGAGUAUUACAGUUUUAAAGACGAGUAUUACAGAGAUUUGCUUUAGUUUGCGCUCGAGCGCUUUUUAAGCGUCAAAACCUAGAGGAGAAUAGCACACGAGUGGUAAUGGUUUUACAGUUCAAAAACAGCAAUAAGCAGGGUUUUGGUGUUUAACUUUGAUGUAUAAACUGUACAAUUCAUGGUGUAUAUAGUGUACAUCAUACAAUGAGCAGAACGGAGAACCAUAAGAGGUUAUGUAUCAGAGUCAAUAUGCAAAAUGUUCAUAUUUCAUCUGUUUUAUAUCAUGUGAAAUAAAUGUUGUUCUUACAUAUAAUGCGGUUUGGACUU